AUGAAUUCCCAGUACUCGAGUGGAUCAUGGGGCUCCGACUGUGCUGUCGGAUAUCCAAGAAUUCGGAGCUCAACCAAGGGAGAUCUUCACAUUGAGCGAUCAACCACUCCAAAGGCAACAGAGAAUUCUCCAGUGGGCCACAAAAUGACCCGGUCAACACUAGUCACGUCUACCUUACCAGUCAAAUCUCAGGACCUAGCCCCAGAGUCCUCCGACAUAAAUGUUCUCCAGCAAGAAAACGCCGCGCUCCUCGCUAAAGUUGCCGCACUCGAAUCCACAGCGAAACUUCAACACCGGAUCCUCCUCUACGUAUAUCAAGAAAGGACCGAUCUAACCAAAGAGAACGGUGACCUUCACUAUCAACUGAGCUAUCUCGAGCAUUGUCUUCAAGAGGCUAGGAUCAAAUAUGACGAGAUGGCAGAUAAAGUGGGUACACUUGAAUGGGCAGAGCUAGCCAAACACCAUUUCAUCUCUGGCAUGCGCCAAAAGAAUAGUGAGCUCGUCACCGAAGUACAAGCUGUCCGCGGUCACGUUGGAAUUCUAAAGGAAGCUCUCCAAACAACUUAUGCCAAGGGGCAGGAGACUGCAAGACAACUACACCUCGCUAAAUCUGGCUUUGCGAAGAGAUUGAAACUCAUCCAAACGGAACGUGGUUCCCUACGUCGACGCACCAGACAGGAUGCUCAAGAACGCCGCGAGUUUACGAAGCAAAUUGACGGCAUCACUACCAAAUACCAGAAUGCGGCACGCAGCCAAAUCCACAUUCUCCAGUCCUACAAAGCCACGAUUCAAGAGCUUGAAGCUGUCCGAGCUGAUCAUGCAGACGAAAAAGAACGCCACGAAGAGACGUGGCGCUUGAUGGCCAAGUGGACAAAUUUGCGGACAAAGAGACAUUCUGACAUCAUGAACCAGCUCCAGAAGGAAGUCGACGCCAAAAGCUUGAAGAUUCGAGAGCAAAGUCAGACAAUCCAACAACAUUCAUAUAUCAUCGAUGAGGUCUGCCACAUCCUCAACAGUCUUUCUCCUGAACUCAAGGAAGCCAUCAAGGAGGAGAAUCGUAUUCUCAAAGAACGAGAGUUCGAAGGCCAGGACAACGAGGACGACACGUGUUCUAAUUGUUCGGACUCUGCAGAGACGGUAAUAUACAGUCCCAAAACAGAGUCGGCGGGGCAGGACGGCAGUACCUGCGGGUUAUCGACACAAGUUCUUGUAGCAGCGGAAGGAUGA